AUGGCUUCAUGUUGUUCGCAGUUGUACAUAUCUCGAGGUUCUAUGGAUUCUUUUUCUUUGGUAUCUGAUGCUGCAUAUAUAAGUGCAAGCUUGGCUCGAAUAACACGUGCUUUAUUUGAGAUUUGCUUACGAAGAGGCUGGUGUGAGAUGUCUCUGUUCAUGUUGGAAUACUGCAAGGCUGUGGAUCGUCAAGUUUGGCCACAUCAACAUCCUCUUAGACAAUUUGACAAGGACCUAUCUGCAGAAGUAUUGCGGAAGCUUGAAGAACGUGGGGCUGACCUAGAUCGCCUGUUUGAGAUGGAGGAAAAAGACAUUGGGGCAUUAAUUCGGUAUGUGCCAGGAGGAAGGUUGGUCAAGCAAAACCUAGGGUAUUUUCCAUCACUUCAGUUAUCAGCAACUGUGAGUCCAAUUACCAGAACUGUGUUGAAGGUUGAUUUGGUCAUUACGCCUGUUUUUGUUUGGAAAGAUCGUUUUCAUGGUACUGCUCAACGUUGGUGGAUUUUGGUAGAGGUGCCAAAUCAUUUUAUCUGGGUGAGAAGUGAGAUGAAUGGAAUCAAGGAAUGCCCAGAAAGGACUCCAAUCCUACAGGAUUCUGAGAAUGAUCACAUAUACCACUCUGAACUGUUUACACUGACAAAGCGGAUGGCAAGGGGCGAACCUUACAAGCUUUCCUUCACUGUACCUAUAUUCGAACCACAUCCACCACAAUAUUACAUUCAUGCCAUUUCUGAUUCCUGGCUUCAUGCGGAGUCAUUCUACACUAUAACCUUUCACAAUUUACCACUGCCAGAGGCUCGUACUUCUCACACAGAACUCCUUGAUUUAAAACCUCUUCCUGUGUCUUCCCUUGGCAGCAGUGCUUAUGAAGCAUUGUAUAAAUUUUCACAUUUUAAUCCUAUACAAACACAAACUUUUCAUGUCUUGUAUCACACGGACAAUAAUGUUCUGUUAGGAGCUCCAACUGGAAGUGGAAAAACUAUAUCUGCGGAGCUUGCUAUGUUUCGUCUUUUCAAUACUCAUCCUGAUAUGAAGGUUAUUUAUAUAGCUCCUUUGAAAGCUAUUGUUAGGGAAAGAAUGAGUGAUUGGCAAAAGCGUCUUGUCUCUCAGCUAGGGAAAAAGAUGGUUGAAAUGACUGGAGACUUUACUCCUGAUUUGACGGCUCUUAUGUCGGCCAAUAUCAUCAUAUCUACUCCUGAAAAGUGGGAUGGAAUAAGUCGUAAUUGGCAUACCCGUAGUUAUGUGACAAAGGUUGGACUUAUGAUUUUGGAUGAAAUUCACUUAUUGGGAGCAGAUCGUGGGCCCAUCCUUGAGGGGUUUGAUUCUUGCGGUCCCCCGACUUAUAAUAUGUUUGAAGAAUUUGAUUUAGCACGAGAGCGGGCAGUACGAUUUAUAGGCCUUUCUACAGCGCUUGCUAACGCUGGUGAUCUAGCUGAUUGGUUAGGCGUUGAGGAAAUUGGACUCUUCAAUUUCAAGCCAAGUGUGAGGCCUGUACCUCUGGAAGUUCAUAUUCAGGCAAGUGAAUUUGGUGGUUAUCCUGGAAAGUAUUACUGCCCAAGGAUGAAUAGCAUGAAUAAACCAGCAUAUGCUGCAAUAUGCACACAUUCACCUGCAAAACCCGUUCUUAUAUUUGUCUCAUCCCGACGUCAGACAAGACUUACAGCACUUGACCUUAUUCAGUUUGCUGCUUCAGAUGAACAAUCAAGACAAUUCCUUAGUUUGCCUGAAGAAUCCCUGCAGAUGGUUCUGUCUCAAGUCUCUGAUCAAAACCUUAGGCAUACUUUACAAUUUGGCAUUGGAUUACAUCAUGCAGGCCUGAAUGACAAAGACAGAUCACUGGUUGAGGAACUCUUUGGAAACAACAAAAUUCAGGCAUACUUUUAUAUUGGUUUGUACCAGCACAUUGGCUUGGGGUGUGAAUCUUCCAGCUCAUCUGGUGAUCAUCAAGGUGAUGUAGUUGUAGAAGGUGGGACAGAAUACUAUGAUGGAAAGGCAAAGAGGUAUGUUGAUUUUCCAAUCACUGAUAUUUUGCAAAUGAUGGGUCGUGCUGGACGCCCUCAAUUUGAUCAACAUGGGAAAGCCGUGAUUCUCGUUCAUGAACCCAAGAAGAGCUUCUAUAAAAAGUUCUUGUAUGAACCCUUCCCCGUUGAGAGUAGUUUGAGGGAGCAUUUGCACGAUCACAUUAAUGCGGAAAUUAUUUCUGGAACCAUUUGCCAUAAACAAGAUGCUGUGCAUUAUCUUACAUGGACAUACUUAUUUCGUAGACUGCUCCGGCCAGAGGAAGGUGGCACGUGGUCUUCAAGUGCCAAACAACAGCGAGCAGAGUGGCAACGCGUGAGGUGGAAUCAGCAGCUGCGACCUGGACAUUAUUCGGCAAAGUGCUCCAGAUCUGGUGGUCACCGUGGCAAUGGCUGUGGCCAGCGGAGGCAGACAGUGGUUGGUGGUAGCAGAUGGCGGCUGGUGGUGGUAGAUCAUAGUGGAUUUAAUAUGGUGAAUCCUGCUUACUAUGGACUGGAGAAUGCUGAAUCGGAAUUUAUAAAUUCAUAUUUGUCUAGCUUAGUGCAGAAUACAUUUGAGGAUUUGGAAGACAGUGGAUGCAUAAAGAUGGAUGAAGACAGGGUGGAGCCCAUGAUGUUGGGUUCAAUUGCAUCUCAGUAUUAUCUCAGCUACAUGACUGUGUCAAUGUUUGGCUCAAACAUAGGUCCAGAUACAUCACUUGAAGUCUUUCUGCAUAUCUUAUCUGCUGCUUCUGAAUUUGAUGAGCUACCUGUGCGUCAUAAUGAGGAUCAUUGCAAGAAAGAAAGAAUGGAAGAGAUAGAAUCAGUAGCAAUAGCAAUGUGGUACUGGAAAGAGGUGUCAAGUCAGGUCCAGAGACCUUUGCAAAGGCAUCCUGACACAAAAUAUGCCGAAGUAGGAAUAAUUUACUCCAAAUUCCAUCUAAGACCCUCAUCCAUAUCAAACUAUAGUGAAAUUAAAGCAGAUUCCAGCAGUGAGAGCUCUAUCUUAGAUGAAAAGUACAACGAAGCACUGUCUGUGAAAGUUAAAUAUCCAGUGGAUAAGAACCGUCUAGAUGACCCUCACAUCAAAGCAACUCUUUUAUUUCAGGCUCAUUUUUCUCAAUUGGAGUUACCAAUUAGUGACUAUGUCACAGACUUGAAAUCUGUGUUAGAUCAGAGUAUACGCAUAAUUCAGGCAAUGAUUGAUAUAUGUGCAAACAGUGGGUGGCUUUCAAGCUCAAUUGCUUGCAUGCGUCUUCUGCAAAUGGUCAUGCAGGGCUUGUGGUAUGAGAAGGACUCUUCCUUAUGGAUGCUGCCAUGCAUGAAUACAGAUCUGUUAAGUUCACUUAGCCAAAGAGGAAUUUCUAGUGUGCAGGAAUUGCUAGAUAUUCCGAAAACAGCAUUGCAGACUGUUACUGCAAAUUUCCCAGCUUCAAGAUUGUACCAGGAUCUACAACAUUUCCCUCAUAUUAAAAUGAAAUUGAAAGUUCAGAGGAGGGACACUGAUGGUGAGAGGUCUCAUACAUUAAACAUCAGAUUAGAGAAGAUCAAUUCAAGACGACACUCCUCUAGAGCAUUUGUUCCUCGAUUUCCAAAGAUAAAAGAGGAACAGUGGUGGUUGGUUCUGGGUAAUACCUCUACAUCUGAACUGUAUGCUUUGAAAAGAGUUUCUUUUUCAGAUCACUUAGUUACCUCAAUGAAGUUGCCUCAGACUCCAGCUAGUCUUCAGGGCAUAAAACUUAUUUUAGUCUCCGAUUGUUACAUUGGAUUUGAACAAGAACACUCAAUUGAUAAUCUUGAUGUGUGUUAA